AUGAAACCUACAGACAAAAUUCAAUUUAUCAAAGAGAAUGUGGCUCCAAAGACAGGAAUCGAGGUACCACAACAGGUGCUCAAGUUUCAGGGGAAAGAACUCCCCAAUCAAAACACUGCAGAUGACGUGGGGCUACAGGAUGGAGAUAUCAUUGACUUGGAACCCAAGACGAUCCAAGUCAAUGUCAGGACACCGGAUGGAGCUACAAUCCCUGUCACAAUGAAACCUACGGACAAGAUUGAGUUCAUCAAAGAGAAGGUGGCUCCAAAAACAGGAAUAGAGGUACCGCAACAGGUGCUCAAAUUUCAAGGUAGAGAGUUGCCCAAUGACAAAACUGCAGAUGACAUGGGGCUAGAGGAUGGAGCUUUCAUUGAUCUGGAACCCAAACCAAGUGAAUACACACCUAGUCCAUUUGAUAUUUCUGUCCAGAAAUGUUGGUACGAACUGAACAGAACAGUUCCAUACUACAUCCGCAUCAAUGGAUGGGAGAAGAUUGGCGACUUGAAGAAGCGCAUCUUGGAAACUCGUGCUGGAAGGCGGUGUCCCUAUCUAGAUGGCAUGACCGAUCCCUCCGAAUUCGACGUCUAUGCUCAUGGAACAGACGAGAAGACUGGAUCACCCAUGGACCCUGAGGACAAACUUCCGGUGGGUACAACCUGUGAUACGCCUCUUCUUGUGCUCUGGUCGAAGGCAAAAGCCAGCGACGCAGACGACUAG